UAUUUUCUGUAACCGGAGAGCCACACUGAGAUUUUAGAGGACACAGCAUUCUUUGGCUCAUGACCCCCUUCCUUCAUCUUCAAAGCCAGCAGUGGCAGAUCCAGGCCUUCUCAUAUAACAGCUCUCUGACAGAACUUUUUGCCUCUUUCACCCACUUUUGAGGACUUGCUUGAUUAGAUUGGGCCCAAUGUAUUUAGAAUAAUUUAGGAUAACCUCGCCAUUUCAGAUCCUUAGCUGUAAUUGCAUCUCCAAAGUCCCUUUGUCAUGUAAUACAAUGUAUUCACAGUUCUUAGGGAUUAAGGCCUGUUCAUCUUUGGUGAGCCAUUACUCUGGCCACCACAGGGAUGUUCAUAGGGAGUUUUUUUUAUAGCUCAUCUUCCUUCUCCCUUCCUCCCUUUUUUCUUUCUUUAAUAAACAUUUAUUAAGUACUCUUUCCUAAGGCUGACAUACAGCAGUGAGCAAGACAGCCAGUGUUCCCACUCUCAUGGUGGCUUAAAUUCUAGCACAAAGAUAGAUGACAGACAGGUAGUCAAGUAAAUAAACACAGUAGUUACAGACUGUACCAGGAAGGCAAUAAAUAAGAUGAUGAGUAGAAGGUAGCUGGGCAAGACCACUUUGGCUAAGUGGUCAGGGAGGGGCUUUCUGAGGAAGUGACACAUGAUCUGUGAUCUGAAGUAUGUAAGUCAGCCAGCCACUAAGAAACAGAGGAAGAGGAUUCUAGCAGAGGAAAUGGAAAGUGCAGUCUCUGGGCAGCAAAAGACAUGUCUUAUUCAAGGAACAGUCUGAAAGCCAGUGCAAAUGGAACAGAGUGAGCAAGGCAGAAAAAGUUGACCAAAUGAUGGUAGCAAGACAGGAGAAGUGAGGCCAUGCAGUGCCUGAAAGAUCUUGUGUGGAAAAUUACAGAGGUGUAUUCCAGAGUUGACUGUUCAUGGCACAUACAGUUGGAGGUUGCUCACUGGCACUUAUUUUUAUCAUUGUGUUGUUGUUGGUUAAAGCAAAUAUAGAUGCAUGCAAGAGAGGAGAUGUGACUGUGGAGCCUUCCCGUGUAAUUUCACUUGGAUCAGCUGUCAAUAUUUCAUGCUCUUUGAAGCCCGAACAAGGCUGCUCACAAUAUCCCAGUUUUAACGAGUUAAUCCUCUACAGGUUCAAAAGAAGAAUCAAUUUUCUGCAUGGUCACUUCCUCAGUUCUCAAGUCACAGAUCUUCCUCUGGGUACAACAGUGUUUUUCUGCAAACUGUCCUGUAGCAAAAACAAGGAAUUACAAAUAUGUGGGGCAGAGAUCUUGGUUGGUGUUGUUCCAGAACAGCCUCAAAACUUAUCUUGUAUACAGAAGGGUGAACGUGGGACUGUGACCUGCACCUGGGACAGAGGACAAGACACCCAUCUAUAUACUGCGUAUACUUUACAGUUAAGUGGACCAAAAAAUUUAACUUGGCAGAAGCAAUGUAAUAGUCAUUAUUGUGACCAUUUGGACCUUGGAGUCAGUCUAACCCCUGAAAUGCCUGAAUCCAGCUACACAGCCAAGGUUACUGCUAAUAAUAGCCUUGGAAGUGCUUCAUCAUUUCCAUCCACAUUUACAUUCCUGGACAUAGUGAGACCUCUUCCCCCAUGGGACAUCAGAAUCAAAUGUGUGAACGCUUCUGUGAGCAGAUGUAUCCUUCGGUGGAGCGAUGAGGGGCUGGUGCUGCUUAACCGACUCAGAUAUCGGCCCAACAGCAGUGGGCCCUGGGAAAUGGUCAGUACUACAAAUGCCAAAGGAAGACAUGAUUUGCUGGAUCUGAAGCCAUUUACAGAGUAUGAAUUUCAGAUUUCCUCUAAGCUACAUCUAUAUAAAGGGAGUUGGAGUGAUUGGAGUGAAUCGUUGAGAACACAAACACCAGAAGAAGAGCCUACAGGGACAUUGGAUGUCUGGUACAUGAAACAGCACAUUGACUACAGUAGACAACAGAUUUCUCUUUUCUGGAAGAAUAUGACUGUAUCUGAGGCACGAGGAAAAAUCCUCCACUAUCGUGUGACCUUGCAGGAGGUGGCAGGAGGGAAAGUCACACUACAGAACAUCACAGAACACACCUCCUGGACGUGGGUCAUUCCCAGAACUGGAAAUUGGGUUGUGACUGUGUCUGCAGCUAACUCAAAAGGCAGUUCCUUGCCUACUCAUAUUAACAUAACGGACCUGUGUGGGACAGGGUUGCUGGCUCCUCGCCAGGUCUCUGCAGAUUCGAAGGGUGUGGACAACAUUAUGGUGACGUGGGAGCCUCCUGGGAAAGCUGCACCUGCUGUCCAGGAGUAUGUGGUGGAAUGGAGGGAGCCCCAUCCCAGGGGUGGCACACAGCCCCCUCUGAACUGGCUGCGGUGUACCCCACUCAACGUGUCGGCUCUGAUUUCAGAGAACAUAAAACCCUACAACUGUUAUGAAAUCAGCGUGUGUGCGAUAUCCGGGGACCAGAGAGGGUGCACCUCCAUCCGGGGUAACUCGAAGCACAAACCACCACGGAGUGGCCCCCACAUUAAUGCCAUCUCAGAGGAAAAGGGGAGUAUGGUAAUUUCGUGGAAUGAAAUUCCAGCCCAGGAGCAAAUGGGCUGCCUCCUCCAUUACAGGAUAUACUGGAAGGAACAGGACUCCAAUUCCCAGCCUCAAGUGUGCGAAAUUCCCUACAGGGUAUCCCCCAAUUCACAUUCAAUAGACAACCUGCAGCCCAGAGUGACAUAUGUCCUGUGGAUGACAGCUCUGACAGCUGCUGGGGAAAGCCCCCCAGGAAACGAGAGGGAGUUUUGUCUGCAAGGUAAAGCCAACUGGAGUGUGUUUGUGGCACCAAGCAUUUGUGUUGCUGUCGUCAUAGUGGGCAUUUUCUCAAUGCGUUACUUCCGACAAAAGGUAUCUGUUCUCCUUUUGGCCCUCAGACCUCAGUGGUGUAGUAAAGAAAUUCCAGACCCAGCGAACAGCACCUGGGCCAAGAAAUACCCCAUCGUGGAGGAGAAGCAGCAGCUGCCCUCGGACAGACUCCUGACAGACCCGCCCAAUCCUGAAGAACCUGAGACCCUGAUCAUCACUGAAGUCCUUCAUCAAGUAACCCCACUCUUCAGACAUCCCUAUCACCCCAACUGGCCAGACAAGGGGCAAGGAGUCCAAGGUCACUAUACCUCUGAGGAAGACACACAGUACAGUGCUUCAAGCCUACCACCUUCAAAAGCUCUCAUAGCAGAGACAGGACAACUCGUGGAUCUGUACAAGAUGCUGGGGAGCAGGGGCUCUGACUCAAAGCCAGGACACCUAGCGAGCCCCUUGACAGUUCUCCCAGUGGACUACCUUCCCACCCAUGAGGGAUACUUACCUUCCAAUAUAGAGUAUCUCCCUUCACAUGAGGUUCCUAUAACUGACCCUAUGAAAGAACUAGAACCUCAACACAUCUCUCUUUCCAUUUUCCCUUCAAGUUCCCUUCACCCACUCACCUUCUCUUGUGACAAGAAGCUGACUCUGGAUCGGUUAAAGAUGGGAUGCAACUCCCUCAUGCUGUAAGUGGUGAAGUUUGGACAGUCAAUGUGUCCCCAACCCUGAAUGUGUCCCACCUCCCCAGACUUCUACUCCAGUGGCCAACACCUCUAAGGUGCUACCAUCAGGUUUGCAACUAGAGGGCAGACAAGCAGCUCAGGAUCAAUCUUGGGAACUGAACUAACCCAGAUACACAUCUUGCCUUCUCUAGAGGGCCUUGGGAUUAUGGGUAAUCCUUGAACAAUGUGAGGGUUAGGGGCACAAGCUUAAACCAGCAUAUUUUUUUGACUCCCCAGAAAGAUAACUGUUGGCCUGAUGACCACUCUUAUUGAUAACCUAUUUUGUGUAUGUAUUAUAUACUGUAUUCUACAAUAAAGCUAGAGAAAAUGUUACAAAAGUCAUAUGAAAAAUAUAUUCAUAGUACUAUACUAUAUUCACUGAAGAAAAUCCACCUAAAUAGACCCGCACAAUUCAAACCCAUGUUGUCCAAUGGUCACUUGUACACUGUGUGCACCAAGACUCCAAUCUGGUUUCCUACAACUUCUUGGCUCUGUUUGUCGGGAAAGGGAAAGGGUAGAGUUCAAACCAAGCCUCUUACUAGCAAUCACUAACAGUGCAGGGGACUGUUCACUCAACAGUUUAUAAAGCAGCUACUCCAUAGCAGGUCAUACACCUAGGUCAGUAGUAUCCAAUAGGCCUAAGGUAGAAAUGUUUAUAUAUCUUCACUGUUCAAUGCAGUAGAUAUGAACCACAUUGGCUAUUGACCACUUUGGAAUUUGUGUAGUAGAACCGAGGGAGUAAGCGGAUUUUGACUGUUAUUAGUCACACAUGGCUAGUGGCUACUGUACUGGAGGGCACAGAUCAAAAUGACAGAUACACCAGUAAGCAUUAUAGGGAGUUUUCAAAACAGAUCAACACUGUUUUACAGAUAAGGACAUAAAAGUCCCCCCAAGAUGGUCAUGACUGUCCUUAUGAAAGCCUACACAAAUGUACCUUUUUCCUAUUGUUUCAUCAUCACCCUCUUUCAGUGAAUCAAGAGCAGCUUUAUGGUGGAAAGUUACCAUAAACCUUCCGUGAAGACCCUGGGCUAACAGCUUUCCCUCUCUGAAAUCCAGUGUCUUGGAAAGUAGUGGGCCAAAGGCUGACACCUUGUUUCCUCUUCCUUCUGCUGCAGCAGCUGUUGCCUUCAGGAUCA